GCAGUGUAAAGUUCAGCAUAUUCACUCCGCUCUUCACGUCCGCGCGCGACAAGUCUUUUUCCGCACUCAGGUAUAAAAGCACGCGCAGAGCAGCGGGAAGAUGACGAGCCACCAGAUCCAGCAGGAGGAGAACCGGACCUGGCCCGACACGGACCUCGGCUUCGAGGAGGAGGACGAGAUGCCUUCAGCGGAGAAGGACCUGGCCGAGGACGCGCCGUGGAAGAAGAUCCAGCAGAACACCUUCACCAGGUGGUUCAACGAGCACCUGAAGUGCAUCAACAAGACGGUGACGGAUCUGCAGCGCGACCUGGGCGACGGCCUGAAGCUCAUCGCCCUGCUCGAGGUGCUGAGCCAGAAGAAGAUGUACCGCAAACACCACGUCAGGCCCAACUUCAGGCAGAUGAAGCUGGAGAACGUCUCCGUGGCGCUCGAGUUCCUGGAGCGGGAGCACAUCAAACUCGUCUCCAUCGACAGUAAGGCGAUCGUGGAUGGGAACCUGAAGCUGAUCCUGGGUUUGAUCUGGACUCUGAUCCUGCACUACUCCAUCUCCAUGCCCAUGUGGGACGAUGAGGAGGAGGACGAGGAGAAGAAGAAGCUCACUCCCAAACAGCGUCUGCUCGGCUGGAUCCAGAAUAAAGUCCCUCAACUUCCCAUCAACAACUUCAACCGUGACUGGAGGGACGGAAAAGCACUCGGAGCGCUGGUGGAUAACUGUGCACCAGGCUUGUGUCCGGAUUGGGAGACAUGGGAUCCGAAUAAGCCGGUGCAGAACGCACGAGAGGCCAUGCAGCAGGCAGACGAUUGGCUCGGAGUGCCACAGGUUAUCGCCCCUGAGGAGAUCGUUGACCCGGAUGUAGAUGAGCACUCAGUGAUGACGUAUCUCUCUCAGUUCCCUAAAGCCAAGCUGAAACCCGGAGCUCCCGUUAAACCCAAACAGCUGUACCCCAAAAAGGCCAAAGCCUACGGACCAGGAAUUGAGCCGGAGGGAAACAUGGUGCUGAAACCUACACACUUUACGGUGGAGACGCUGGAGGCGGGGCUCGGUGAGGUCAUCGUUUAUGUGGAGGAUCCUGAAGGUCACACUGAAGAAGCUAAAGUUGUUGCUAAUAAUGAUAAGAAGAGGACGUACUCCGUCAGCUACGUGCCCAAAGUGGCCGGACCUCACAAGGUGAAGGUGUUGUUUGCAGGACAGGAUAUUGAUAAAAGCCCGUUCCUGGUGAAUGUGGCUAAAGCUCUCGGUGAUCCUAAUAAAGUCCAGGCGCGAGGUCCAGGUCUCGACCCCGUGGGUAACGUCGCUCACAAACCCACCUACUUCGACAUUUACACUGCAGGAGCGGGAGUCGGUGAUGUUAGCGUGGUGAUUACGGACCCUCAGGGGAAGAAGGACACGGUGGAGGUGAUUUUGGAGAAGAAAGGAGAUGCCGUGUUCCGCUGCACCUACAAACCCACAGCCGAGGGAACACACAGUGUGGAAGUGCACUUCGCCGGGCAGCCCAUUCCCCACAGCCCCUACAGAGUACACGUCUCUGAGGCUCCAGUUACUGCUCCUCCUCCUCUGCACAUUAAGCCACAGUCCGUGCGCACUCCACCGCCCGGGAAACACAAACCUAAAGCGAGCAAUGCUAACGCGUGCCGUGCCACCGGGCGAGGACUUCAGCCUAAAGGUGUCCGAGUGAAAGAAGUGGCAGAUUUCCGAGUGUUCACUAAAGGAGCAGGAAGUGGAGAGCUCAAAGUGUCUGUGAAAGGCCCUUCGGGAGCGGAGGUGCCGGUGAAGGUGCGCGAUGUCGGUGAUGGAGUAUACGAGUGCGACUAUAAGCCUGUUGUUACAGGAAAAUACACAGUUACCAUAACAUGGGGAGGACAGCCCAUCCCCCGCAGCCCAUUUGAGGUGGAGGUCGGUUUGGAGGCGGGGUUACAGAAGGUGCGUGCCUGGGGUCCGGGGUUAGAGACGGGCGUGGUGGGAAAAUCAGCCGACUUUGUGGUUGAGGCCAUCGGCACUGAGGUUGGCACGCUGGGGUUCUCGAUUGAGGGUCCGUCUCAGGCGAAGAUCGAGUGUGAUGAUAAGGGAGACGGGUCAUGUGAUGUGCGGUACUGGCCCACCGAGCCGGGAGACUACGCCGUGCACGUCAUCUGUGACGAUGAGGACAUUAAGGACAGCCCCUUCAUGGCUCACAUCCUCCCUGCGCCCAACAACUUGUUCCCUGAGAAGGUGAAAGCGUUCGGUCCUGGUCUUCAGCCCACUGGAGUGAUUGUGAAUAAACCUGCAGAGUUCACCAUCGAUGUGCGACAGGCCGGAAACGGAGAGCUGAAGAUUUACGCUCAGGAUGCUGAAGGGUGUGUUAUUGACAUCAAGAUCACUGAUAAAGGCGACGGUACUUUUGUGUGUGUAUACAUCCCCACAAAGCCGAUCAAACACACCAUCAUCAUCAGCUGGGGCGGAGUCAACAUUCCUAACAGUCCGUUCAGGGUUCUUGUAGGUGAAGGCUGUCACCCUGAUAAAGUGAAGGUUUAUGGUCCUGGUGUGGAGAAAACAGGCCUGAAGUCGAACGAGCCCACGUACUUCACUGUGGAUUGUAGCGAAGCCGGGCAGGGUGAUGUGAGCAUCGGGAUAAAGUGUGCGGCGGGCGUGAUCGGGCCGGCUGAGGUAGACAUCGACUUCGACAUUAUCAAGAACGACAACGACACGUUCACUGUGAAAUACACACCUCCCGCUGCGGGACGCUACACCAUCAUGGUGCUCUUCGCUGAUAAGGAAAUUCCCAGCAGCCCGUUCAAGGUGAAAGUGGAACCGUCUCACGAUGCUGGGAAAGUGCGAGCAGAGGGACCGGGACUCAACAAAACAGGUGUUCAGGUGGCCACGCCCACCCAUUUCACCAUUUACACCAAGGGAGCAGGAAAGGCGAAGCCUGAGGUUCACUUCAGCACGGGGCAGAAAGGAAACGCCGUGAAGGACUUUGAGAUCAUCGAUAAUCAUGAUUACUCCUACACCGUCAAAUACACGGCGCUUCAGCAGGGUAAUAUGAGUAUCUCAGUGAGUUAUGGAGGAGAACCGGUUCCCAAAAGCCCCUUUAACAUCACUGUUGCUCCUCCACUGGACCUGAACAAAGUCCGAGUUCGAGGUCUCGACAAGAAGGUGGAGGUUGGGAAGGAUCAGGAGUUCACGGUGAACACAAAGGGAGCGGGCGGACAGGGCGGGGUCGGUGUGAAGAUGGUCUCUCCAUCCGGACGACCGAUUCCCUGCAAGUUAGAGACGGACCGAGCCAAAGAGGAAACCAGCGUGAAGUACAUUCCCCCUGAGGAGGGACCCUACAAAGUGGAUGUCAGCUAUGAUGGAAACCCCGUACAAGGAAGUCCCUUCACUGUGGAGGCUCUCAUGCCAGCUGAUCCCUCAAAGGUGCGUGCGUAUGGUCCCGGCCUGCAGGGAGGUAUUGUGGGUAAACCGGCUCCGUUCACCAUAGACACUAAGGGCGCGGGAGUGGGCGGGCUCGGUCUGACGGUUGAAGGUCCGUGUGAGGCGAAAAUCGAGUGCCAGGAUAACGGAGAUGGAACCUGCUCUGUGUCCUACCUGCCCACUGAGCCCGGAGACUACAGCAUCAACAUCCUGUUCGGCGGCGCCCACGUGCCCGGUUCUCCCUUCGUGGCAAGGGUGCGUCCGGCGCUGGAUGCGGGCCGGGUGGUGGCGAGCGGACCGGGGCUGGAGCGGGCCAUCGCGGGGAGCGUGGCAUCCUUCACAGUGGACUGCAGCCACGCCGGAGACGCCGAGCUCACUGUGGAGAUCGUAUCCGACUCCGGAGCCAAAGCCGAGGUUCACAUCUACAACAACAACGACGGAACAUUCUCCGUCACCUACACGCCCCCCUCACAUGGACCCUACACCAUCAGCAUCCGCUACGGGGGGCACAUGGUGCCAAAAUGCCCCAUACGCCUGCAGGUGGAACCUGCCGUCAACACCAGCGGCGUGAAGGUAUACGGACCAGGGGUGGAGCCUACAGGGGUUCUGAGAGAAGUGAGCACACAUUUCAUCGUGGAUGCUCGCUCGCUGACCAAAAUGGGAGGAAAUCAUGUGACAGUACGCAUCGUCAGUCCAUCAGGCAGCAUCACAGAUGCCUACAUCACAGAUAAAGGAGACGGGACGUACAGGGUAGAGUACACCGCCUUCCAGGACGGUAUGCACCUGAUCGAGGUGUUGUACGAUGACGUGAUGGUUCCUAACAGUCCGUUCCGCGUGUCAGUGGUAGAAGGUUGUGACCCAACACGGGUUCGAGCGUUUGGUCCAGGACUGGAGAGCGGCCUCGUCAACCAAGCUAACUGUUUCACUGUGGAGACCAGGGGGGCGGGGACAGGAGGGCUGGGUCUCACUAUCGAGGGCACAUCUGAGGCUAAAAUGCUGUGUAAAGACAACAAGGACGGCAGCUGCAGUGUGGAGUACGUCCCCUUCAUCUCAGGCAAUUACGACAUCAACAUCACCUACGGAGGACGACCCAUUCCAGGAAGUCCUUUCCGUGUCCCUGUUAAAGACGUGGUGGACGUCAGUAAGGUGAAGUGUUCAGGACCAGGACUGGGCAGUGGCGUCAGAGCCAACGUCCCACAAUCCUUCACUGUGGACUGCAGCAAAGCGGGAAAUGCAGCACUGGAUGUGCAGCUGUACGGCCCCACAGGUGCUACAGAACCGGUCAGUGUUCUCAGUAAAGGUGAUGGCACACACACAGCGAACUACACACCUGCUCAGGAGGGACCGUACACAGUGUGUGUUAAAUACGCAAACCAGGACGUCCCACGCAGUCCAUUUAAAGUCCACUCCGGGCCGACUCAUGAUGCCAGUAAGGUUCGUGCAAGUGGUCCAGGUCUCGACUCGGCGGGCGUGGCAGCAAGUAUACCAGUGGAGUUCACCAUCGACGCCCGUGAUGCGGGGGAGGGGCUACUGACCGUACAGAUAUUGGAUCCUGAAGGAAAGCCAAAGAAGGCCAGUAUUCAGGACAAUAAGGACGGCACCUACACGGUGUCCUACGUCCCCGACGUGAGUGGACGUUACACCAUCACCAUUAAAUACGGCGGAGACCACAUCCCCUUCUCUCCUUACUCCAUCCAAGCCACGCCCACCGGAGACGCCAGCAAGUGUGUACUUUCAGUGUCUAUCGGAGGACGCGGAGUCGCCAGUCUGGGGCCGAAAAUUCAGAUGAGUGAGGAGACGGUACUGAGUGUAGAUGCUAAAGCUGCUGGGAAAGGGAAGGUGACGUGUAAAGUUCUCACUCCAAACGGAACCGAGCUCGACAUGGACGUGAUGGAGAACCACGACGGAACUUUUGACAUUUACUACACAGCACCUGAGCCGGGAAAAUACGUCAUCACCAUCCGCUUUGGGGGACAGAACAUUCCCAACAGCCCUUUCACCGUACAGGCCACUAAGGAACCCGUGAUACCGAUAGACACUAAACAGCCCACGUUUCGUCCCCUUAACCUGCUCAUCCCCUUCAGUCCUCAGCAGGGAGCGCUGACUGGUGAGGUCCGCAUGCCGUCAGGUAAAACAGCCCGUGCUCUGAUUAAGGACAAUAAAGACGGCACCAUCACAGUGAAAUACGUCCCUACAGAGAGAGGACUGCACGAGAUGGACAUCAAAUACGACGGGAAUCACAUCCCAGGAAGUCCCAUGCAGUUCUAUGUGGACGCCACCGACAGCACCAUGGUGACGGCGUACGGUCCCGGUCUGUGUCACGGCACGGUGAACAAACCUGCCACCUUCACUGUCGUCACCAAGAACGCUAAAGAAGGCGGUCUGUCUCUGGCAGUAGAAGGACCAUCUAAAGCUGAGAUCAGCUGUAAGGACAAUAAAGACGGCACAUGCACAGUGUCCUACCUGCCCACCGCCCCGGGAGAUUACAACAUCAUCGUCAAGUUCGACGGCAAACACAUUCCCGGCAGUCCCUUCACCGCCAAGAUCACAGGUGAUGACUCUCUCAGGACGUCUCAGCUGAAUGUGGGAACUGCAGCUGAUGUUUCUCUGAAGAUCAAUGAGACGGAUUUGAGCUCGUUAACCGCCAGCAUCAGAGCUCCAUCAGGAGCAGAACAACCCUGUCUACUGAAACACCUCCCUAACAGACACAUCGGUCUGUCCUUUACCCCUAAGGAAGUGGGUGAACAUGAGGUGAGUGUGCGUAAGGGCGGAGCUCAUGUUAAUAACAGCCCCUUUAAGAUCACAGUGGGAGCGUCUGAGAUCGGAGACGCGAGCCGAGUCAGAGCGUUCGGACAGGGACUCACUGACGCUCACACCUUCAACAACGCUGAGUUCUGCGUGGACACCAGAAACGCAGGUUAUGGAGGACUGGGUCUGUCCAUCGAGGGGCCGAGUAAAGUGGACAUCAAGUGUGAGGACGUUGAGGACGGGACAUGUAGAGUCACCUACUGCCCCACUGAACCAGGAAAUUACAUCAUCAACAUCAAAUUUGCAGAUAAACACAUCCCAGGAAGUCCAUACACGGUGAAGGUGACAGGUGAAGGGAGAAUGAAGGAGAGCAUCACGAGGAGGAGACACGCUCCGUCCAUCGCCUCCGUCGGCAGCCUGUGUGACCUCAACCUCAAAAUCCCUAGGAACUGGUUUCAGAUGGUCUCGGCUCAGGAGCGUCUGACUCGGACCUUCACACGCAGCAGUCACAUGUACACGCGUACUGAGAGGACAGAGAUCAGUAAGACACGUGGAGAGGAGACGAAGCGAGAGGUUCACGUGGAGGAGAGCAGGCAGGUUGGCGGGGAUCCGUUCAGAGACGUGUUCGGCUCUUUCCUCGGCCGAGAGAACUUCAGCAGCUUCGGCUCUCUCACCGCCAAACCUGAUGACGGAGCCCAGGUGAUGACAGCGCAGGUGACGAGUCCCGGAGGAAAGGUUCUGGAUGCUGAGAUCGUGGAAGGUGAAAACAGUACAUACAGCGUAGGCUUCGUUCCCAAGGAGACGGGUUCUCACACGGUGAGCGUGAAAUACGGCGGCCAUCACGUCCCUGGGAGCCCCUUCCUGUUCACCGUGGGGCCCCUGGGAGAGGGCGGGGCUCAUAAAGUCCGCGCAGGGGGAACCGGACUGCAGAGGGGCGUGGCCGGAGUACCCACGGAGUUCAGUAUCUGGACACGAGAAGCCGGAGCAGGAGGUCUGUCCAUCGCUGUGGAGGGACCCAGUAAAGCUCAGAUCCAUUUCGAGGACAGGAAGGACGGAUCCUGUGGAGUUUCAUAUAUAGUACAGGAACCAGGUGAUUAUGAAGUGUCCAUUAAGUUUAAUAAUGAACACAUCCCGGACAGCCCCUUCACCGUCCCCAUCGCCACGCUGUCAGACGAGGCACGGCGUCUCACAUUGUCCAGCCUGCAGGAAAAGGAUCUGCGUGUGAAUCACGAGGCCUUGUUUGCGGUGCAGCGUAACGGAGCGAGGGGUGUGAUCGACGCCAAGGUGCACAGUCCAUCAGGAGUGGUGGAGGAGUGUUACAUCACUGAUGUGGACGCUGAUAAAUCGACGAUCCGCUUCAUCCCACGUGAGAACGGCGUGCACUCCAUCGAUGUGAAGUUUAAGGGCAGCCAUAUUCCCGGCAGCCCCUUUAACGUGCGAGUGGGAGACACGGGACAUGCCGGAGAUCCCGGUCUGGUGUCGGCUUACGGAGCGGGACUGCAGGCUGGCUGCACAGGGGUUCCUGCCGAGUUUGUGGUGAACACCAGUAAUGCCGGAUCUGGUGCUCUGUCGGUCAUCAUCGACGGCCCCUCCAAGGUGAAAAUGGACUGUUCCGAGUGUGUGGAAGGUUACAAGGUCACAUACACACCCAUGGCACCUGGGAACUACCUGAUCUCCAUCAAAUACGGAGGACCACAACACAUCGUGGGCAGCCCCUUUAAAGCCAGAGUCACAGGUGUGCGUCUCUCAGGAGGACACAGUCUUCAUGAGACGUCCUCGGUGUUGGUGGAGUCGGUGUGUCAGAGCUCGAGGGCGUCGGCGUUCAGCUCCAAACCCGCCGUGUCUCUGCCCUCCGACGCCAGCAGGGUGGUGUGUCAGGGGGCGGGGCUAUGCAGAGCCUUCAUCAACACACAGAACAUGUUCACUGUGGACUGCAGCAAAGCAGGUACGAACAUGCUCAUGGUGGGGGUUCACGGUCCGAGGACGCCGUGUGAAGACGUCUACGUGAAGCACCUGGGCAACAAACUGUACAACGUGACGUACACGGUGAAGGAGAAGGGGAACUACAUCGUCAUCGUGAAAUGGGGCGACGAAUCCGUGCCAGGAAGUCCCUUCCACAUCACUGUGCCCUAAAACAUAGUGCCCUAGAUCCUAAACCACCACCACUGGUUCCAAGUGUACUACCUUAAAGAAAAAAAAAAGAAAAAAAGAAAUAAAAAAAGCGCUGAAUACUUUUACUUAACAUUCUAGCUGUUGAAAUCUGGGCUGUGUUCCAAUACUGCUUGUAAUGCACCCUCGUCCACUUCCCCUUGGUUGUUCCUUUUGCAUUGACUCGAGCACACUUACUUUGAUCAUUUCAUUAUUUAAAAAUAGCAGAAGAAACUGUAAAAAGGUGCGCGUCCAAAAUCAGAUCAUGUUCACUACGUAGUGCACUAUUUUCCAAGUUCCCAAAGUGUAGCUGAGUGCUCAAAUAUCCCACAAUGCACUGCAACAGGUUUGUAGCCGUAAGGUAACGUCAUUAGGUGCAACUACGGCUGUGUUCCAAAUCAAGUUUUAAGAACAUUCCUGAACUGCAACAGUUUAACUUCUGCAAUGUGAGCGAGCCGGGAUUACCCAUAAUGCACUUUACUGUUCGUAGGGGAUUGGUAAAGUGCACAUUACAGAAAUUAAGUUGAUUAUUUUCCUAUAACAGCAUGUCCCUGAGUGUUUUAUUCCUCUUAUACCACAGCAGUUCACCAGCUAUUACAUUAAAAACAUCAUAUUUUUAUCCGUUUAUAGUUCUACAGAAAACUUCUGUUUAUUAUCAGUGGAGCGUGCGCUGUACACGUCCCCGUGAGCGAGCCGUUACUAUAGAAACCAUAACGUAUUGGAGCGAGCGCGUUAAUAUAAACCUGCGCUACUGUCAGAGCCGCUGUUAUAGAGGACUAAUCACCACCUUCUGACCAAUCACAGUCCAGAACUCAGCAGCGCAGUGGUGUAAUAAUUAAAAAUAAAUAAUCAGAUUAUUCUCCAUGAUUAAGGAACAAAACAAACACGUUGGAAACGUUGGGAAUAAAACUGCUGUUCAUCGUCACUCCCGCAGUGCAUUGUGGGUAAAUUCUGCUCUACAGUGACUCGACUCCUGAACACACAGCACUUACAGCGUAUAAAAACACCGCAGUGACGCAGGUGAUACACACUUCUGAGUGUUUAGGGGAAGUGUAUGAUUGCAGUAUUGGAACACAGCCGCUUCUGUUUGUUUCCUGUUUCAGCUCCUCCAUAAACACAUCAGAUUAAUACAAUUAUUACUUUUUAAGUGUGUGUGAAGGACACAUUAAACAGCAAUACUGUGUGUGUGUGUGGGGGGGGUAUGGCUUUAUCUGUGUGUUUUUGUUCUAUUAACCAAACAGUUACAGAUUUAAUAAAGAUCAGAGUUUAUGAAUUUGCAUUAAAAUGAGUUUUUAUA